GCAAAGCCAAAUGAAGGUAUACAUAUAAUACCGGUAAUACAAUUUUUGUGAUAUUAAACAUUGGAAAAUAAAUAUUCUAUUAACAUCAUGAAACUAGUAAGAUUUUUGAUGAAACUCAGUCAUGAGACUGUAACGAUAGAACUAAAAAAUGGAACUCAGGUACAUGGUACAAUUACAGGUGUUGAUGUAGCCAUGAAUACUCAUUUAAAAACAGUAAAGAUGAUAAUUAAGAAUAGAGAUCCUAUUCAAUUGGAUACUUUAAGUUUACGAGGAAAUAAUAUACGGUAUUAUAUUCUACCUGAAUGUCUUACAUUAGAAUCAUUACUUAUUGAUGACACACCAAAGGCCAAAGCUAAGAAGAAAGAAGCUGCAAGAGGAGCUGCACGUGGUAGAGGCCGUGGUGCCAGAGGUGGUAGAGGAGGUAGAGGAGGUAGAGGAAGAGGACGAGGCAGACGAUAGUAACACUAAAAUUAUUGAGUAUUAUAAAUGAUUCUUCCACAUGUGGAUAAUUGGAAAAAAAUUGAAAAAAAAA